AUGGAAGAACAUUGGAAAAGAAAACCUAGCAUCUGCCAUGAUCCUAUGCUUCCAUGCAUACAAUUUCCUUCAUCUGCUCAAGGCUCCUCCUUAAUGAAGGAUUUGAAAAGAGGACAGAAGCACUACUUUUACAGCAUUAUGAGAAUAUAUGACAGCAAAGCGCCGAGGGACAUGUUGUACCAUCGGUAUGUGAUCAAUCUCCAGCGCCAGAACGUGCUGGGUGAGUGUCAGCCAAUGCAGCUACUUGCAUCAGCAGCCCAGAGAAAUUGGAGAGCAGCAGAGAAAAUCCAGGGACUUGAGGGGAUUAUGAGGCGAGGUUUAUGGGCCAUGAAGGUACAUCAGACACACAGCCGGAGCACACGGUGGUUUAUAGGCAGAGUUCAAGCAGCCUUCAGCCAAGAAGCUUUGCCGUUCUCAGCAGGGGCAGUGGAAACAACAGGCAGUGAAAUGAUGUGGGUCUGGUGUUAUUUACGCUAUAUUCAUCCACUGUGCAGUUUGUCUUUAGCUCCUAUCCACAGAAAUGAUACAAACACACACAGAGACAGCUGA